GAGGGUGCUUGAGUGGGCUCAGCCCUCCCCCCCAUAAAUAAUGAAGCUGCAGGGGCAUCAUAAUAGUACUAGGCGCAUAUUAUCGAGUGGUCCGUCCCUUGCAAGCCAGAACCAGUCAGAAAGCUGCACCGCCAACCUGACUGCAGAAAGAACAAACUGUCCUCUUUCUACGGUAUCCAUUCCUCCAUUCACUGGCCCCUUCCUCUACAGGCCACCUAGCUUUAUCGUCCUAUAACCGUGGACCCUUUCCCUUCUUUUUCUUCAUCUUCAUCAUCAUCAUCUUCUUCUUCUUCCUCCUCCUCCUCCUCCCCCUCCCCCCCCCAACACCCCUCCUCUCGACUACGUCUUUGACUGGCCAACCUUGGGCUCUAUUGGGUUACCGCGUCAUCGACAGACAUCGAUCUCUUAUCUCACUGUUUCAUCUUUGUGCGCAUUGAUUUCAUUUCCUCCAUACCAAAAUGCGAUCCUUCGCGCCAUGGGCCAUUCGCCUGUUGGGAGCUGCUGCAGUGGUCUCCGCUUCAGAUGCCCCAGCUGAUGCCUCGUCCGACGUCGUCUCUCUGACCAAGGACACUUUCACCAAGUUCAUGCAGGAACAUGACUUGGUACUGGCAGAGUUCUUUGCUCCCUGGUGUGGCCACUGCAAGGCUCUCGCACCCAAGUACGAAGAAGCUGCCACGGAGCUGAAAGAGAAGAACAUUCCCCUCGUCAAGGUGGACUGUACUGAGGAAGAGGAACUGUGCAAGGGUCAGGGAGUUGAGGGCUACCCAACCCUCAAGGUCUUCCGCGGCCCUGAGACUGUCAAGCCCUACGCUGGAGCCCGCCAGAAGGAGGCUAUCGUCUCGUACAUGCUUAAGCAAUCCCUUCCUGCUGUUUCCAUCGUUACCGCAGAGAAUAUCGAGGAGGUCAAGAGCCUGGACAAGAUUGUUGUGGUUGGUUACUUCGCUGAGGACGACAAGGCUUCAACCGAGGCUUUCACAAGCUUCGCUGAAUCCCAGAGAGACAACUACCUGUUUGCCUCGUCAAGCGACGCCGCUAUCGCCGACGCAGAGGGUGCGAAGCAACCUUCCGUCAUCCUCUACAAGGACUUUGAUGAGAAGAAGGCUAUUUAUGAUGGCUCGCUCGAGACCGAGGCUCUCCUGAGCUGGGUGAAGACUGCCAGCACCCCACUGGUCGGUGAAGUCGGCCCCGAGACUUACUCUGGAUACAUUACUGCCGGCAUUCCCCUUGCCUACAUCUUCGCUGAAACUAAGGAAGAGCGUGACCAGUACGCCGAGGAGUUCAAGCCUAUCGCAGAGCAGCACAAGGGUGCUAUCAACAUCGCCACCAUUGAUGCUAAAGCCUUUGGUGCUCAUGCCGGAAACCUCAACCUUGACCCCAAGCAGUUCCCCGCAUUCGCCAUCCAGGACCCCGUGAAGAACACCAAGUACCCUUACGACCAGUCUAAGGAACUCUCUGCCAAGGAAAUUGGCCAGUUCAUCCAGGAUGUCCUUGAUGGUAAAGUGGAGCCCAGCAUCAAGUCCGAACCUAUCCCCGAAACCCAGGACGGCCCUGUCACUGUGGUUGUUGCCCACUCCUACAAGGAUCUUGUCCUUGACAACGACAAGGAUGUUCUCCUUGAAUUCUACGCCCCCUGGUGCGGUCACUGCAAGUCACUUGCCCCCAAGUACGAUGAGUUGGCUGCUUUGUACACCAGCAACGAAGACUUCAAUUCUAAGGUUACCAUUGCCAAGAUUGACGCCACUGCCAACGAUGUCCCUGAUUCUAUCACUGGAUUCCCUACUAUCAAGCUGUUCCCUGCUGGCUCUAAGGAUGCUCCAGUUGACUAUUCUGGCUCUCGCACCAUCGAGGACCUUGCCAACUUUGUCCGGGACAACGGCAAGUACAAGAUUGAUGCUUUCAAUGCCCAGCCCGAGGAGACUGAGGAAAGCGCUGAAGCUACCGAGACUCCUUCCGCCACGUCUGAGGAGGCUGAGCCUUCCGCAACUGGCGAGAAGGCUGAGCAUGACGAAUUGUAAUUUCAAUGUAUUGGUAGCAAGAUAAAUCGUCGAAUAUUAUGAGUUGUACUAUCGGUUUACAGUGUGGUUAUUGUUUUUCAGGGUUGACUGUUAUAUUUCGUACCUCGUCCUGUUCCUUGACUGUCUGGAUAGUAAGUAGUGUGACUUAGUGCGGCGUGGUAGGUAGGUACUGUGUGCGCCUCUAAAAACUGGUCUGUUAUUUUGUAGUCUCGACGAACUCAAGGAGUGAACAAUAAGAAGU